AGAAGUAGAGAUCUCUUAUAGACUGUUUGAUAAGAAAGUAUAAAGGAUGAAAGCAAGAAUAACUUUGUCUAAGUCAAGAACCCGAAUAAUGUGUUUAGCAAGGAGUUUCUUAGGGCGAAGAUCUUAGGAAGUAACGACGAGACUAACCCCUUCUCACUCACCAGGUGCAGAGAGGGGAAGAUGACGCAUCCAUCAAGAAGAGGUUACUUGAGGAGAGCAGCCGCGACAAACCUAAAGAUGUCAAUUGGAUCUGGGUAACGAGAUGGGACCUCCCAUAUAUCUGUCUUUAGUUUCAUGUCUUAAUGAGUAUACUGGGAAACUCAAGGAUUGUGUUUUAUGUUUUGUUGCUCUGGGUUGAGGUCGCUCAAGUGUUUAGGGCAUUUCACUUGAAAAUCUUAAACAUUGUGGUUGUUGAUUUUAGUUUUGACUUGUAAACCUGUUUUGGGUUGCUCCGGAGUAACCGGUUUGUGGUUUGAGUUAUGGUUUGGUUUUCAAAAAGGACCAGGUCGUUUCAAAGACGAGGAUGGAUGGUUCUCAAAGUUGACUUGGAAAAAGCUUAUGAAAGGAUCAGAUGGGGUUUCGUCAAGGAUACCCUGGUGGCCGCGGGUGCGCCGGCCGAUUUCGUUAACCUGACGAUGGCCUGUAUCACCUCAUCGAAAAUGCAAAUCCAGUGGAAUGGGGGGGCUAACCGAAGAGUUCCAACCUUCACGAGGCCUACGACAGGGAUGUCCUCUCUCUCCCUAUAUUUUUACUCUCUGAAUGGAACGUCUUGGUCACUUGAUUGAUGCAUCGGUGCAAGCAGGUAGGUGGCAGCUCAUAAAGCUUACCAACAACGGGCCUCUCUUGUCACACCUCUUUUUUGCAUAUGACUUAAUCCUUUUUAGAGAGGCUACCAGAGAGCAGGUGCAGGAGAUUGCAACUUGUUUUGAGAUGUUUGGGGUAUCCUCAGGCCAGCAAGUUAGUAGACCUAAAUCCCGAGUCUUCUUCUCGGUCAAUUUAACUGAUGACCGUCGUCGCAGCCUCAGUGAUGAGCUGGGGAUUCCGGAGACGAAUAACUUGGGUCGAUAUCUUGGUGUGUCGGUGAUCCAUGACCGGGUCUCCAAAGCAACCUUUACAGAAUUGAUUGAUCGGAUCGACGCUCGCCUGGCUGGGUGGUUAGCAUCAUCCAUGUCAAUGGUAGCGCGUAUCACCCUCGCGUAGUCGGUUCUCUCGGCAUUGCCAGCCUAUACAAUGCAUACGACUUUCUUACCGGCUAGUGUAAGAGAUUACAUUGAUAAGAAGAUAUGCGCAUUUAUUUGGGGGAGCUCGGAACAUGGACGAAAAAUCCACUUGGUGGACUGGGAGACGAUCUGUAGACCGAAGGAGGAGGGCGACCUUGGACUCAGGGUUGCUACGCAUACUAACGAGGCAUACAUGCUCAAGAUAUUCUGGCGACUUCUCACGAAUCCGGAUGACCUUUGGGCACGUGUCAUCCUAGCAAAAUAUUGCCGCUAGACCGAGGAGGGGUUACAACUCAAGACCAGCGGAAGAUUAUCCAACCUGUAGAGGGGUGUGCUCCGAGUCAGUCAUUUGGUGGAGGAUGUUACUGCAUGGAAAAUCAUAAACGGGCGGGUGGCUAGAUUCUGGAGCGACCGAUGGCUAGAUAAUUCUACCAUCCUUCGGGAUCAUGCUCCUAACCUUCCCCCAGAGAUGGAGUCUUUGCCCGUGGCGGAAUUCAUUCUAAAUAGUGAGUGGAACGAAGUGUAUUUACGUGCUUACUUACCGGAGGAAUUCAUUCGCAGGUACAACUCCACCUGGUACCGACCGAGACCGAACCUGACAUACGCGUAUGGCCUCUCACACCAAAUGGCGACUUCUCCCUUCGCACGGCGUACGAACUCACACACACGGUGGACGACCCGAUCCUAAACCAGCCAAUUUGGAGAUCCAUCUGGAGAACACCGACAUUGCAGCGGGUGUGCACUUUCCUCUGGCUUCUCAACCAUGAUCGCCUGCUGACGAAUGCGGAGAGAGGACGAGGCAUUUGACCGACGAUACAAGUUGCAAGAUCUGCGGCGGGGGCCCGGAGACUACUAUCCAUGUGAUUCGGGAUUGCCCAUUCGCAAGAGCUGCUUGGGCGGGACUCCUUGAAGACGAGCCAGACACUAACUUCUUCGAGCCUGACAGCCAGCGGUGGUCUCUGCACUACUUAUCAGGGCGCAGUAAUAUCAUUGACAACACUCUUUUUGCAGGAACAUGCUGGCUUUUGUGGAAGAAUCGGAACGACUUCCUAUUCCGGAGCGAGCUGAAAACCCAUGAGCAAAUCCAGUUAAUCACCAAACAGCCUUUGAACAGGAGAGUACUAUAUUUGGGGUUGGGGGACUCCGAGAGUGGCGGGACAUCAACUGGCAUCCACAGCCGAAGGGAUGGGCCUGUAUCAACAUAUAUGGCUCAGUCACUCACUCUCCUGUGAGCAUGACCUGUGGCGGCAUCGUGAGGGGAGACUAUGGACGCUUUGUCAGAGCUUUCACAGCGAACUUGGGAGGGGGUUCGAUUACUCGUGCAGAGCUAGCUGGGAUUGCUUUUGGGUUGAGGCUGCCUUGGGAAGAGGGGGUCAGGAAGGUUAUUCUGCAAACAGACUCCUGCACUGCGAAGAUCCUGAUCGAGAAUGCUACUCCACAACAUCCACACUACACCUAUGUUGCAGAAAUCCGCGCUGGCUAGUUCGACUGUGGCUUGUCAUGAUAGAGCACGUUUACAGGGAAGGGAACUUUGUGGCUGAUCACCUCGCUUCCAUUUGUCACUCUUUACCCAUAGGGGUUCACGGGAUACAAAUCCCGAGUAGUACUUUAAGUUACUGGCUGUAUUUUGACAUUGCGGGGACUCAAACACCUCGCCUUCUUAGUUUGCAAUAAAAGGUUAGGGCGCCCUUAGCGCCCUGUUCACACAACAACAACAAAAAUUGAUCUUGGAAAUAUAUAAUAAAAUAAUUAAAUUGAA